AAUUGCUGGCAGCUUGCACAUCAUUUUUACCGAACUUAAACCGCGGGAUUCACUUGCUCUUUUCAAGCCAAAAAUUACAGGUAAACUUGGAAUGUUAUAGCCGUUUUGAUCGUUAUCUUUUAUAAUUAUUGUAAAAUAGAUUUUGUGAGAUGUUUUUGGGAUGCGCCAACAUGGCAAGCCAGUCAUUUUUCCCAGACUGAUCUCUGUCUAUGAAUUUCGUAUUAGUAGUAUGUUUUUCUUAUAGGAUUAAAAAGACAGAAAAGAUGGGAGGUUUAAGCUGUGGUAUGACUUGUAUGAAAUACCUGUUACUGGCGUUUAAUUUAGUUUUCUGGGUGAGUUACAUUACUUUUGUCACACAGCUUAGGGCCUACACGAUUUUACAAUGCCAAUAUAUCUCGUUAGUUACGAAUACAGCCGUGCCCUUAGUGCAUUUGGCGUACCAACAUAGCAGGCGCGCGCCAAAAUCGGUAGAAUACGCUGACGUCUUUAAAUUUAGAGCAACGAAAGCAUUUCCAGCUGCCCCUGCUUCUAACGUGUCCAUCAUGAAGUAAUGCCAGGGUCAGAUUUUUGUUACAGAAUACAAUAUUCCUGGGAAAUGAGCCGUAAUUUCGGAUUGAAUCUAUAAGUUUAUGUUAAAAUUUCUCAUCAAAUUUAUUCGGAAAAUUCUCAUAUCUGAACAGAUAUCCAAGAAAUGAAGUGAGUACAUGCAUAGCUUAAGCCAUGCACAAGCUAUCCUGUUCAAACUAAAAGUAAGUAGUCUAUCAGCUCCAUUCACACGAGAGAAGAUGAGUUUGAAACCUUACCUAAAUUUGCUCGAUUUUUUCUUUCGAGCUAUAGGGCAAAUUUAAGCACAACUUACGACCAUGCAAGUGGAACGGACGUACUUGCAUAUCGUUGCGAACCUUGCUGAUCUUGGGCGAACAUACAGUCCAAGAAAUGAGCCUCAGUUCUUCCUUUUUGGGACAAGCCCGAAAUAUGUUUGCCUAUACACUGUUCCCAGAUCAAAAACUUUACCCCGACGGUAAAUAUAUUAUGCAUGCGUAUAUAUUAAUAUCGUUGUGUCUCCAAUCUGUCCAAUUUUCCAUCCUUCACAUUUCCGGCUGGUAUAUUUUUUUACACUAUCAAAGUUUCUGUGAUCACAGUAUAGGAAUUUUGUAUUGGUGAAUUCUACGUUUUUAGAGAUUUGUAAGAAAUGUUUGACGGGGCUGACUCAGUGUUUAAAAUUUAGUCAUUUCGUUCAAACAUUUCUUACAAAUCCUUCAAAACGUAGAAUUUCAGAAACUUUAAAUUGAUAGUGUAAACCAGCCUUUAUCAACCAUACUUUGUGUUAUUCAAGUUCUGUCAGAACAGGUCAUGUUUUAGUAAUGUUUUGCUUGCAGGGAAAAUACGGCAAACAUUGCGCCAGCACUACACCAGGGAUUAUUUAUUAUUCUUUGUCUUCUUUGGUUGCUUAGUUUCGAUAUUAAUUAAGGAGGAGACUGGGAAUCAUCAAAUUAAAAAGAUUUGAUUUCUUAAUUUAUGUUAUAUGCAUAUGUAUACACUCUUAAAGUUGUUAAGCUUUGCAAAUGUUUUCUCUAUUUGAAAACGAAGAAAAUUCCACCCGUAUUAUUUUUGUAUUAAUCAAAAAUAAAUCUCGUGUAAUAAUCAAAUAGAUGAUUAGAAUAAUUUAUUCAUGAUGAUAACUGCAUGUAUGAAUGUGGUUUUAUUAAAACGACUGCACAAAUUUAAGUUGUUGACAUAAUUUUUUAUCCGAUGUUUUCCCUACUUUAUAUAAUGAAGGACUUUUUCUGUGUCAUUUUAACAUUAAAAUAAGUAGUAGUAUUUAUAUCAAAGCAUAUAGAUAACGAUAAUUUAUUCAAAAAUGCAUGACAAGUGUACUUGAUGUGUGAAUGACGCACUAAUACUUAGUUUUGGGUAUGCGUUCUAUAUAAUACUCCAAAAUAGACGUUGUUCUGCAUGAAACAAAUAUCUCUCAUACACUCAAUACACAUGGAGUUUAUAGUCGGCAAGAGGAAAGACCACAUAAAAAAUAGCUAUUCCACGUUUAGAGCUGAGCGAAUGUUCCAUCAUGAUUUCUCUAGCUUAAAACUUCCGGAGUGCGUUGUAUCAAGGCACCGCCACGAUGAUUCAUUUUCAACCAAAAAGUGAUUUCUCAUGGUCUCAGACUCAGGCUAAAAGCCAUGCAUGAAAAAUAACUUUAAAUAAUAUACACAGAUAUAUUCUAAGUUAAUGCUCAUCAUAUCAAUAUUAUUAUAAUAUUAUUUUGAUGUAAAAUCACCAUAUCCUUUCCUAUAUACCAUCAGCCUUGAAGUAGUUUUAGUGUUUUACUGCAUAUGAAUGGAGAUCAAAGACUAUAUAAGGUUCGGUCGACCUAACUUAUUAAUUUAAUAUGUCUACUUUCAUGUGCAUGCAUGCAGUGUCCAGUUGAGCUCAGGCAGUUCAGAAUAGAAUCUUCAAGCGCCUUUGUGGACACGUAUUGAUAUAAGAAACGCUAUAGCGAAUAUACUGCCCUCUGGUAGGAAUCGAAUCUGCGGCCUUUGACCACUGAAUGAGGUAAAAAUAAAGGUCUAAAGACUAUGUGUAGUUUUCUCUCGAAAUUUCUAUAUCUCUAGUCUACUUUCAAAACCUUUCAACAUUCUAUCUUUAGUAUAUUUAAAUUUUAAAUCUUUCGACUGACCGGUCCGCUCGGCUUAUACUUUAUAUAUAUGAUUCUAGGAAACGAAGUUAAAUAUAGAAUCUUUUUAAUUAAUUGUAAUCCAAGAUAUAUAUCAUCGGUUGACAUGACAGAUGACAUGAGUAUGUGGCACAAGUACUCGAAGAAGAUAGUAAGAACGUCCAUGUUUCGAACAAAGCCCUUUGACUGCAUGAAACAGCGUGGUUGGAUAAACAUGUGAAACAAAUGUGCAUGGGAUCCCAACUGGAUUAGCACGGAGAAAAUGUAUAUAAGCCUAAAGGAUUGGCAAAACGAACUAUAUAAUAUCCUCUUUAGCCCGCGUCAUAUAAACAAGUAAGUAAGGGGUUAAGUAAGUGGGUGUGUGGUAAUUAUCAUUAUUAGCAGCAGAGAUCUGAGCUGAACUGCGUAGCUCUACUUUAUUGAGUCGAAGGCUUAUUAAUUUCUAAAGCUACCUAUGCAGAGGCCGCAGAAGCAUUUUGAAAGUGGAGGGGCAUUGGCCAAAAGGGGCACUUUUGUAUAUGACUACUGAAAUCAAACGAUUUUAUGUCGUUCACGAGCCGAACGAAAAUUUUUGAAAAUAUGGAGUCUUUAUAACGUUGGAAAUGACCUUUACAGAGUCUUUACUGACUGCAAAAUAGGCAUUUUCUUUCUAGCGAAAGAGGGCAUUCAUUUCAGAAAUACUUUUUUUUUCUUUAAAUGAGGCACUUUAGCCCAGAAAAAAGGGUACUUUUAUCACUUUUAAAAAAAAUGGGGGGCACAUGCCUCUAUUUGCCCCCGGUUCCGCGGCGCCUGUACCUCUUAAGGCUAAGCUCUGGCAGUCAAGGUUUUCCGCUAAGAUCGAGGGUACCUACCUGACGUCGAAGUCUCUCUAUAAUUAUACUGUAUAAAGCCGCCUCUGAUUCGAGAGAACGCCUUCAGUGGAAGGUCAGUUAAUUAGGGGCUAACAGUUCAUUUUUCAUAAUUAUGAGGACAGAGCAGAUGAUGAUGAGAGAUGCAAGUAUAAAACACCAUUCACAAGGCUAGAUGUUAACAUAGCACAGUAUUUCUGGCAAUAAAACGCUCCAACUGACCAACUGACCAUUUCACACGAACUUAUCGCUGGAUAAUUUUGCGAUUUUUUAUCCAAUUCAAUCACAUAUAUGCUCAAAAUCUUCGCGGUAAGUUUCUCUUUACCAUAAAAUUUGACCGAAUAAGUUUCGAAACAAUGGGACGGCAAAAAAUGCAAAAAUCCUGAUUUUCGUAAUAGAAUCUAUAGUCUUUUUGCCCUGUUGUACAGCCAUCUUGGAUUUAUCAUGUAGGCCCCGCCUGCGCUAGGUAUGCGUUAUAGUAAUCUAGAUCUCCUAUAUCUAUGUUGUAGCCGACGCUUGCUUUGACGAUUACGCUACAGAAAUGCCGCUUGCAAUAUUGGAUACGUUAUUAUUGUAUAUCUUUGUACCAUAACUAUAUUAUCAUGUGCAUGUAAGCAUGUUUAAUUAAAAUUAUGAACUGCAUGUGCAGCAUUCAACAAGUACAAAACCAUUAUUUUGCAGAGUUCUUAUAGCUUUAAAGAGGCUGUCAAGUCCGUUCUGCUCAUGCGCGUGUUUUGUUUAGAUAUUUUGUUUCAAACAAUAUUUUAAUUAAAUUAUCUAUUGUUUGAAACAAAAAAUGUAAACAAAACACGCGCAUGAGCAGAAUGGACUUGACAGCCUCUUUAAAAUACUCAUUAGAAAUUCGUGAACCUUGUGGCAAAUCAUGUCAGCUAUAAUAUGUCACGUGUAGUGACUUUAUAUCUGAUAAAACGCCUCGCGUUUUAUAUCUGAUAAAACAUUCCUUCUUGUGUAUUAAAUAGUACGUAUCAGUAUAGUUUUACAAGCGCAAGUUUGCUCAACGUGUGUGAUUACCUUAUUCCUACUUAAUUUCACGAUUUUCGCGAUUGUAAAAUAUUGCGAAAUUAAAGUCGCGCAUAUAAAAAAACUCGCAAAAUUCGCGCACGCAAAAUUAAAUACCCUAUACUCAAUUAUUUAAUAAUAUAGUUAUAUAAUUAUAAUUAUAUAGUAUUAUGCCACAGUUUGCAUUUUGCGGCAUAUCGUGUCACCAACAAUAAAAGACUGAUUAAAGAUGAGUAAAAACACUGCACACUGUACCAUAUACAAACGGUAUAUACCUUAUGUUGACUUGUUUCGUAAGUUGUAGUUCGAAAGUUGUUGUAUUUUAAUAAAAGAAUGUUAUUCGAAAACAUUUCGCGAAAUUUAAUGCCCUUUUUAUGGAUUAGAAACAGAGGGGCGGGUGUAGCUCCUAGUAUCUUCAAUAUGCUAUUAACAAUCUUCUUUCAGAUUUCACGUGUCUCUGUGUUUGGUGUGAUUUUCUAUAAGGCUUUACAUAGGAAGAGAGGGCCUUGUUCUGUCCCUUCAUUCGGCGAAGAUACAGUGUGUCCCUCGAACGGAUUCUCAAUAUUGUGAAACCUUCACUUUUUCAGUACUUCCCUUGUAGAAUUUAAGUGUAUGGUUUGGGCAUUUGUGAUCGUGUUACUAACUCAUCGAUCGCAACUGGAACAAAACUAGAUAUAUUAUACUAGAAACCUGGCGGUGGAAACCAGAAACGUGGGGUGGUCGGAGAGAGAAGAAGUGCAGUUAGCGUGUUCCCCCAAUCCUUACCGAGGUUCUGUAUAUUUUAAUAAUGUGAUAUUAGCCCUAGAUUUCAAGUAUCUUGGCGUGUACCAACAUUCCAUAUAAUUUUACUAGCAUACAUAGAAACCGAGGAAGGGCGCUGAUCUCCUCCCUCAUGACAGAUCUAACCUAGUGGUAUCUCGACGUUUGCUCUGCAUGUUGGUUGUUUAAUAAAUUUAGUUAAUUACUGUAAGUGUAAUUUGGCAUUUAAAAUUCUCCAUUCUGGUGUGAGAACCGGAAAUUAGGAAGGAGGACACUGAUGGCGCGUGUGUCUUCCUUAAUGUCGGAUGCUACUCUACCUUUAUAUAUCAUUCACCGCCUUUCCUUUUCGCCCAAAUAUAGAUCGCUGGUAUCUCCGUGUUAGGUGUGGGUAUCUGGAGUCGAGUGGCAGCCAGCGAUUACGAGGUAUUACUUGGCGAUUCUGAUGUUGACAAAGCUGCGAAUAUUUUAAUCGCAGCUGGAGUACUGGUGCUUAUUAUUGGUUUUGUUGGUUGCUGUGGAGCCAUGAAGGAAAAUAAGUGGUGUCUAUUAUUGGUAAGGAAAACAUGCAAAUAAAGAUUCUUCAAAGCUUUGAGCAAAUCAACUUUUCACCCUAAUUGUUUGUAAUAUGUACUCAAAUUUUGAGUUAAUUAAGCAGAUCCACACAGAGUGACUCGAAUUUUUGGUUUACUCAAACUUGUGAGUCACUUCUGACUUCACUCGCCAAAGUUUGAUUUUAUGAAGUAUUGAAUAAAAUGGCUAAUAAGGCUAAAUAAAAUGGCUAAUAAAAUGGCUAAAGGGGCAUCUCAUUUCAUAGCAUUUUCGAAGAAGCGAGGCAUACUGUAACAUAUAUACUUGGGGGUCAUUUGGUGCCGCAGUCCCCCUAACUCAGACUGGGUCUUAAACUUACCCUAAAUAACCUAAAUCUUACUCUGCAUGGGGAGCCCACAUUGGGCCCUAAUCUUGCCCCCCCCCCCCCUCACUGUAAACAUUUAAAAUAUGCACUGACUGAAGAGGGAUGAGAGGGCAGCUGCUUGAUUAGUAGGGUUCACAACACAUGUAAUGAAUUGUUUUUAUUUUAGUAUUCCGUACUUGUCUUUCUAAUUUUCAUUCUUGAAAUUGCUGCUGGAAUCAUGGCUUACAGGAAUCGUGACAAGGUAUGAAACAUUCAAUAUUUCAUCUGUACACAUUUGCCAUAAAAAUUCGUUGCACACUCAGUUAUUUAUUAUUAUACAGUCAUUAAGUGUGCACUUAAAUGAACAUUUUUUUAUUGACUGGCAUUUUUCUUAAAAAUAAACUCCAGUAAUUGUGGUCCCCAAACUAUAGUUAGAAAACAUAAAAGUUUACAUUAAUUGUGUUUCAAAUUUAAAAUCAACUAAUCACAAAAUAUUAUUACAGCUGAUUUGUGGCGGAACUACUAUAGUUUUAAUAAAACAUCUAAACACAUAUAUAAUACCUCACAGGGGCGUACUCAGUCGCAAACGAAUGCGUGUGUGUGGAGGGGAGGGGGGGGGAUUCCAUUCGUAAAUAUACAGAACAAUAUGGGGUUCGGUCGCCCGAAAUAGAUGUUUCUAUUCUAGGUACGUUUUAUGAUAAUCUGGGAACCACAGAUUUGGUAUAUUUUACCAGAUUUGGUAUAUUUGUCAUAAAUGGUAGCAGUUCAAGGUUGCCCCCCCACCAUCCAGUUCUUCCUCGGUUUUGGAAGAAUUACAACAUUGGUUCUGAAGAAAAGUAGCGGAGUAGGUCCAGGACCCCCUCCCCAAUUCACCUCCGUGGCCUACGCCCCUGAUACCUCGUUUUUAACACACAAUUAUAUUUUUAUUUUCCUAUUUUGUAAUAUCAUAAUACACCCUUUCGAUCAUUACAUUGGCCUGGGAGCCUCAUUCUCAUGAACCGUUAGCCAAUAACCUUUCGUCUUGAUUAUGAGAGCGAGACUUUCAGACCAAGGAAAUAUUAUCAAAAAAGUGUAUACAUAAUAUGUAGAUAUUACUGUUGUAUCCAUGUACUAGUGCAGUUUCAAAUCUUGUAUACAGAAGCCGAUUAUCCACAGACCACAAAUUUCUACUCAACGACAAUGAUUCUUUCGAAUCCAAACGUAGACUGAUUUAAAUCAGAAUUUAAAACGUUGCUACUUAUACAACAUUUUGUGUUAAUUGAAAGGUCCCUAUUCGUAAUUUUAAUUUAUAGGUCUUCAAACAUUUUCAAUUACAAUUGUUUAAUUUUGGGAAAAUCAGUUCUAAGAUCUCAAUUUUUAGAAAGUCACUAUCCAGUGGAUAGAGCAGUAUCCAGCCUCCGUAAUGCCUGCUUUUCACUGGUAGGCGGAAUUUUCCGCACGGAGCAGAAUUUCUCUUUGUCUUUCCUAAUUAGUUCCACCCAAGAAAUCACAAGAAAAGAGAAAUUCCCCUCCGCGCGGAAAAUUUUGCCUUGUGGAAAACGGCCUUAAAACCGUCCCUAGCUGGUUAUUACAAUACAUGCUUCCAGAAAGGAAGUCAUCUUGGGUAAGGGCCUCGUUUACGUGAUUGAGACGUUGGCUUUAAAUUAAAGUGCACCUAACCUCAAUUAUUUUUAUCAUUUCAUUCUUAAGAAGUUCUGAAGUGAUAUAAUAACUUGUUUUGAAGAUUUUCGUCUGUUCAUGCACUUUGUUUCUGAGAUAUUUCAGUUUGUUUGGUAUGUAAAUAUGCGAAAUUUACGUCACAAAAUAAAAUUAAUGACUUAAAGUAAAAGCUUGUAUGUCGUAUUCACUAUCGAGUUUAAUUAAUUAAAAUGAAGUUUGGAUUUGUGCGAGGAUCACAUAUUAUACGUAAAACACCAUUUUGCUUUUUUAUUUCAUGACAUUUAACUGUAGGCUACCUUUCACGUUUUGGUCAGUCAUUAUUCAUAUGUGACGUAAAUUCCGGACAUUUGCAUAUCAAUAAAACUGAAAUAACUUAGAGACAAAGGGUACAAACGAAAAUCUUCGAAAUAAGUUGCAAUAUCAUUUCAAAGGCUUUUAGGAAUGAGAUGUUAGAAGAACUGAGGUUAGGUGCACUUUAACUGAUGUCCAGAUCACAAAAACGAGGCUCAACAUCGAAAGUGACGGAAGAGUGUAUUGGAGAAAAACGUGUUUCAUUGAACGAAAUAAAGUAUUCGUUUAUUAUUUUAAGAUGGAAAAAGAAGUGAGUAAAGCAAUCAAUACAACUGUUUUUAAUGAAUAUGGAAAUCCUGAUCAUUCAAAGGUCACAAAGGCAAUCAACUUUGCUCAGGAGAAGGUAAUUAUAGGCCUCGGAAAACAGCCAUUCGAUUUUUAAUAUGAUUGCAGUUCAUUAUUUUUGGAUACGCCUUUAUCGUCCCUAGAUCAAGUGUUGUGGAGCGACAAGUUACAAAGACUGGAAACAUUCUUACUGGGCAAAUCACACGACAAAAAAUGAGGAAGUUCCUUCCUCUUGUUGUAAGAACGAAGGCAUCGCAAACUGUACCAGUACCCCUUUAAAGCCUGAAAAUAUUUAUCAAGAGGUAACGUCUAAACUAAUAUGUCUUUUGCACGGACGUAAGAAGAUUUACUGCGUAAGAAAUAUAAAUAUUAUUAAAGCCGAUUUGAAAUCAAUUAGCCUUUCACGUUCUAUGCGACCAGACCUUGAGCAUCAUUUUCGAGUAGGAAACCGUGCAGCGAGGCCACCUCCUACCCAGGGUUCUCUUUGUGCUGGCCGCAAGCUGACAAGCACAAAGAGAAUCCUGGGUACGCGAUUGGCGAGGGAGGAUAGAAAUGAUGAAAGAGUGAUCAGUCCUUGCCAAAUUAUGAAUCAGGCCGGCUGUAGGGCUUAUUAAAUUGUUCACUAAUUAGAUAUAUUUCUAAUAACAGGAUUUUGGGCAUCUAUACUUAAUAGAAAUAUAAUUGGUGAAAGGUUUUGCAGACUGACCCAAGAGCAUUUCCUUCAACAAAACCCCUGGUAUAACUGAAUCUUCAACAUGCAACAAUUUCUAACAAACUUUGUCAAAUCUCUCUAUUUUAACUAAAGGCUGCAUUCCAGUUACGCGUUUUUCAUACGUGCGUACACGCACGUAAAAGUUGAAUUCGCUUUACAUCCUACUUAUGAAAUAACUAAAUUUAUAAAAGGACAGCAUUCAGUUUUGUGUAUGAUUUAAUGUGUAUUUGUUAAGGUUAUUUGCACUUAUAUGAAAUUUUAAGCGAAUUCAACUUUCUCUUGACACCACGUACACCGAUUAAUUUCUCACUCCUAUUUUCCAUGUCUCUUUCUAUUAUAGGGAUGUAUUGAAGGAAUGAAAGAUUGGGCGAAGGAACAUCUUGUUGUUAUUGGAGGGAUUGGUGUUGGUAUUGCAAUCAUUCAGGUGAACUUCUGAGCUAAUUCUUCUAAAUUAAGCAAAUUCGCCGUCGAUGUGUGAUAUUAAAUGUCAGUUUAAUAUCGCUGUAUUAUUCUCGCUGUAUUAUUAUCGCUUAUAUAGUAAGUUAUAGACAACUAAUUUUAGUAAUAUAAUUGUUGUUCGACAAAAUAAAGCACUUAUUCUAGAGACUUGACUUAAAUAUUAGAGUUUCGAUCUCGCCCAAUUAAUAUCGCAGUCUCGACUUAAUAUUUUGCCAUAAUUAUGUUUAUUAUUUUGCUCAGAAGAAUCCAAUAAGAUAUAAUAUACGGCGAGUAAUUCAGCCAAUCAGAUUGCAGAAUAACUCAUAUACGGAUGCAUUAUGUUAACAAGUUUUCGUUGGUAAGGAUCAACUACCUGAAAAAUGUAAGGAGAAUUUAGACAUUUCCAGCGAAGGCCCUUCGCUCGAAACGUCGAAAUUCUCCUGAUUGUUUCAGGUAGUUGCAACCCUACCAACGAAAGUUUGUUAUAUUUUUGGCAUUAUACCUACCAUAGGCGUACCGGGCGGUGUGGCGGUAGCCCCCCCAGUUUUUUGGGCGUCGGGCAAUUUUGGGUUGUUAUAAAAAAAAAUCGGACAAAUUCUGUCAAUUUUUUCGAAAAUUUAGUAAAUUUUGUGGCAAAUGUCGAAAAUUUAGUAAAUUUAUGUGAUGCUCAGAAAAAUUUUGGUAUGUCCGGAAAAUUUUUUUCACCCCUUAAAUGGUACACUGACCGAAAUUUUUUUGGCGACGGGGGGAGGGGGGGGGAGGUCGCCAAAAUAAAUUUUCCGGAAAAAAAUUUUGGGUACUAGUCGGGCACAAUCACGAAAAGUCGGGCAAUUUUACGAAAAGUCGGGCAAUUUUCUUUCCGCCCCCUAAUUUUUUCCUUCCGGUACGCCCAUGAUACCUACACUGGCACAGACAGUUCAAGAUUAUGUAUUAUGUUAUGUAUUAUGUACUAUGUAAUAUGAUAUGUUUGUAUAAUAUCCUCGGAGCAAAGUUCCUCGGGAAAUAUCAUCCAUAUCACUUCGGGUAAUAUCUCGCCGAGUCUCCCAAGCGGAGGGUUGCGACUAGGCCUUUUAGAUGAUAAUAAUUCCAUCGAGGUACCUCCAUUUCUGUUUUAGAUUCUUGGAAUGGUUUUUGCAAUCUGUCUGUUCAGGGCAAUUGGUUAUGAGAAAAUUUAGAAAAAAUCUUAUAUCAAUAUAUAGUAUUUUCAAUAAAUUCUUUAAAUUUGCUUGUAUACGGUUAAAAAUAAUUUACACAUUUUAGUUGAAGUGAAAUCUGAAUACAGGUUAAUAAAUAAAUUAUAGAAAACACUUAUUAUGGUUAAUUAGUCAUAUAGAAAAUCAUAUUAAAAUAAAUAGGAACGACUGAACGAAUUGACGAGCUUUUUCGCCAAGAAUAGAUAAUAGCGUCUGAUUAAGCUGGAAAUACUUUCAUAAUACACGGCAAAAACGGAGUAGUUAAAAUAACCAUUUGAAUUGGUUAACCAAAAAUUGGUUAAUUUAAAAUACUGCCAAUUUUUGGUUGUUUUAAACAAUAAAAUACUGAUC